CGGUCACACUGCCCAGAGAAUCGUCGGCUAGAAUCGAGCUUGGUGUUUUCAUUUAUCGGCGGAAAUUCGCGUUAAUUAGUAAACCUUAGAAAACCACAAGAACAGAAGAACCACCGCAAUGGCUCAACCCCAACCACCGGCGUACGAAAACAAAAAUGUCUACGCAACUCUGCCGCGCACCCAACGCGGCCAACCCAUCGUUUUGGGAUCGGAUCCCAAGGGCAAGAACUUCCUUUACACCAAUGGAAAUUCGGUGAUCAUCCGAAACAUCGAGAAUCCAGCCAUCGCCGAUGUCUACACCGAACACUCGUGUGCAGUGAAUGUGGCCAAGUACUCGCCCAGCGGCUUCUACAUUGCAUCCGGCGACGCAUCGGGCAAGAUUCGCAUUUGGGAUACGGUCAACAAGGAGCACCUGCUUAAGAAUGAGUUCCAGCCCAUUGCGGGACCCAUCAAAGAUAUCAGCUGGUCGCCGGACAACCAGCGCAUCGUGGCCGUCGGCGAAGGACGCGAGCGUUUCGGUCAUGUCUUUAUGUCGGAAACUGGCACAUCCGUAGGCGAGAUCAGUGGCCAGUCCAAGUCCAUUAACUCUGCGGAUUUCAGGCCAGCUAGGCCAUUCCGUAUUGUGACAGGCAGCGAAGACAACACCAUCGCCGUGUUCGAGGGACCGCCGUUCAAGUUUAAGAUGACCAAGCAGGAUCACUCUCGGUUUGUCCAAGCUGUGCGCUACUCGCCCGAUGGCAAAUUUUUCGCCUCGGCCGGCUUCGAUGGUAAGGUCUUCCUGUACGACGGCACCAGCUCCGAACUGGUGGGCGAAUUUGGAUCUCCUGCCCACAAGGGCGGCGUUUAUGCUCUGGCCUGGAAGCCGGAUGGCAGCCAGCUGCUGACCUGCUCCGGCGACAAGACCUGUCGCCUUUGGGCAGUGGAAUCACGCGAGCUGGUUAGCGAGUUCGUUAUGGGAACUACUGUGGACGACCAGCAGGUUUCGUGCCUGUGGCAGGGAGAUAACCUGAUCACCGUCUCGCUGUCGGGCGUGAUCACCUACCUCAAUGUGGCGGAUCCCUCGAAGCCGCUGCGCGUGGUUAAGGGCCACAAUAAACCAAUCACCGUGCUGGGGCUGAGCGACGAUCGCAGCACCAUCUACACGGGAAGCCACGACGGUGUGGUGACCAACUGGAACUCCGGCAACGGCACCAACGAUCGCAUCACGGGCACCGGCCAUGGCAACCAGAUCAAUGGCAUUGCCGCCUGGGGCGAUUUCGUCUACACCUGCGGUAUCGACGACAGUCUGCGUCAGUUCAGCGUGGAGGGCAACUCCUACACCGACUAUGUGGUCAAGCUCAAUUGCCAGCCGCGCGGCCUCGCCAUUCUGCGCAGCGAGAACAUCAUCGCGCUGGCCUGCAUCAAGGAGCUGACCCUCGUGCAGGACCAGAAGAAGAUCUUCUCGCUGCCCAUCAAGUACGAGGCCAGUUCGAUCGCCGUCAAUGCGGACACUUCCGAUGUGGCUGUUGGUGGCGACGACCAGAAGCUGCACAUCUACAGCCUCAAGGGCGGUGUCCUGGAGCCAAAGGUGGAACUGGAUCACCUGGGCGCGGUCACGGAUGUUUCAUACUCGCCGGACUUGAAGUAUCUGGUGGCCUGCGAUGCCCAUCGCAAGGUGGUGCUCUACUCAGUUGAGGAGUACAAGCCUGCCCACAACAAGGAGUGGGGCUUCCAUAGUGCUCGGGUUAACACGGUGGCCUGGUCGCCCAACUCGCUGCUGGUGGCUAGUGGUUCGCUGGACACUACCAUUAUUAUUUGGUCCGUGACCAACCCGGCCAAGCACACCAUUAUCAAGAAUGCCCAUCCGCAGUCGCAAAUCACCCGGUUGGUCUGGCUGGACAACAACACUGUGAUCUCCACCGGACAGGACUGCAACACCAAGGUGUGGCACGUGGAAAGUAUCUAGAUGACUCAGCCGUAAAAGCAUAUUUUUAUACUUAUCCAGGGAGAGCAGCCAGCCGCGCCCUGGCUUCAUUUCAUUUAAGUGCAAGAGUUUACAUUUAGCUAUUUAUGUCUUUAGCCCGCCCACGGGCACCUCAUGUCACGUCUUUUAGUUUAAGCCCAAAGUGUUUGCUAAUCAUCAUAUCAUUGAUAUCCAAUUAUUUUCGCUCCGCUAUUAUUUGCUACUGUGUUUUUCGAUCAACUUUUUUAUACUACCGCAACUAAGAACUACGAAAGGAAACACAAAGAUAUGUAAAGUACGCCAGCGUACAUAAAUUAUUGUAUUAUGAAAUGAAAUAUACUAGUUUUUGCAUA